AUGUCAUUCCAACCUCCGCCAAGUGGAAUUUUCACUGGGAAUGGCGGAUACUCUCAGCCAAAUCAACGACAAUCAGAACCUCCGUUGUCUCGUCACGGCAGCACACCUGAUUUAGGCGCUCAGUUUCAAGCAAUGGGACUUGAAUCACCCAGACCGGCAUUCUCCAAAAAAAAAUCAAAACGGGCCGUCAGAGCAUACCAUACUGAGUUUAACAGUCCAAUGGGCUCAGUCAAUGCCAGUCCCGUUCCCGCACAUGCAUUCCCAGCCAUACCUCCUUCAACACCUUCCAGCAACCCAUAUGGAGGAUUCGCUCCCAUGGGUGGUGGUGCUAGUCCCGGCUUGGCCCAACCUUAUACUCCCACAGCACAGCAGUUCUCCCCUGCUAUUCACCAGCAGCAGCAGCAACAACAGUUCACUCCAGGUGUGCAACAAGGCCACCCACCACCACAGACAACUAUUGCUGCAGACCAAUUCCAUUUGCAAGACAUGAAUAAUAUCAGCCAAUCGCAUAAUCUCUCGCUACAACAACAUAGAUACGAGAACCAAAAGGAAUACGACACUCCUGAUGAACAAGGCAACCCCAAAUCAUUUAUGACCUUUUUACAAACCAUACCACCUGACGCAGGAACCCAAUUCCAUGCUGUCGACCAGGGAUCAAGUCUGUCGAAAUUUAUGAGAUCAACCAUGUACUUUGUCCCCGAAUCAGACCUGAUUCGUCAAGCUACAAAAUUGCCGAUUUCAGUUACCAUCAGACCAUUUGCUCCACUACUCCCAACUGAAGACCCUGUUCCUGUGGUUGACUUUUCACAAGAAGAUCAAUUGGCUCCACCAGCUCCCAAGAAGGAAGGUGAACUCGAUCCCCUCAGUAUUGGACCAUUGAGAUGUCGUCGUUGUCGUGCUUAUAUCAACCCAUCCAUGCAAUUCACUGCCAACCAAAGAUUUGCCUGUAAUAUUUGUCAAUUCCCCAACAAUCAUGUUCCUGAAGAGUACUCGGCACUAUUAGAUACUCGUGGCUAUCGUGCAGACAAGUUCAUUCGUCCUGAAUUGCACCGCAGUGUUUAUGAUAUCAUUGUUCCUAAAGAAUACAACUUUGGUGGUGCCGAAAAGAAAUCUCAUCCACUACAUGUUGCAUUCUUGAUUGAUAUCACUGAAAACAGUAUUAGACAAAGUUUGCCCCUUGUAUUAGCUGAUUCUAUCCGAGUAUCUCUAUACGGAUUAGACGAGCCACAAGAUGAGAACGGAUACCUGGGCAUGGGAAUCUCGUUGGAACCCAACACCAAAAUUGCAUUGAUUGCAUAUGACAAGAGACUUCACUUCUUCAAUUUAUCACCACAAUUGGAAUCCGCUCAAGUCACCAUAAGCUCGGAUUUAGAAGACCCCUUUGUUCCAUUUAGUGAAGGGCUCUUUGUCGAUCCCCAAGAGAGUCGAGCCGUUAUUGAAGAUGCAUUAAACUAUAUUGAAAGAUUGUCGUCGUUUGAACGUGUGGCUGAUCCAGAACCUUGUUUUGCUGCCGCGUGCCGCACUGUUGCUAUGUGUUUGGAACCAUAUGGAGGUGGUAAGAUUAUUUCUACAUUGUGUAAUAUCCCAUCAUGGGGCCCAGGAGGAUUAAAGUUUAAAGAUAAUCAAGCCGUGGGUCGUGCUGCUUCCGGAACACUUGAGCUGGAAAAGAAAAUGUACCUUGCUGAUAACGCUUACUAUAGAAGUAUGGGUAAGGAAUUUGUGGAAAAGAAUGUGGGAUUGGACGUGCAUGUUAUUUCGCAUACCCCUGUUGACUUAUCCAAUGUAGGAUGGUUGGCCAACAUAACUGGUGGGAACAUAAGUAGAUGGCCCAAUUUCAGCAUGGAACGAGAUGCAAGAGCCUUAACUGCGCACAUAGUUAAUUCUUACAAGAGCACAAAGGGUUAUCAAGGACAAUUAAAGGUGCGUUGUUCUAACGGUCUUCAAGUAUCUCAAUAUUAUGGUACCAGUUCCUCAAUUGCUGAAACCAAUGCUGUGCUUGGUAAUGUUCAAGAUCCACUCAUUCCUAUUCUUACUAAGGACCAAACCUUUACUGUUUUGUUUGAGUACGAUGGUAAAUUAAGCACUAAGCUUGAUUGUCAUUUUCAGGCUGCUUUGUUAUAUACUGAUGCUACUGGGGUUCGUAAAGUAAGAGUUAUGAACUUGGUAUUGGCAGUCACUGAAAGACUAGAGGAUGCAUUCCACUUUUGUGAUGAAAAUGCCGUGGUUACUACUCUUGUCAGGGACACAUUAUCAUUUAUUGGGAAACAACCCAUGAAUGAAUUAAGAGAAUCGCUUAAUACCAAAUUAGUCCAGGUAUUCACCCAGUACCGAGCCAUGAAUGAAUUCGACCACAAUUCAGCCCGAACAAUGUCCAACUCGUUGCUUUUCCCUGAUUCGCUUAGACAUCUUCCCAUGUACAUUCUUUCCUUGCUCAAGACAAGUGCUUUGAGAGCCUCUACUGGUGUUAGUGCUGAUGCAAGAUUAGCUGACAUCUACCAAAUGUUGAAUAUGCCUGUAGAGAAAUUAAUGUACCAUUUGUACCCAGCAUUGGUUGAACUUCAUUCAUUAGAACCACAUGAAGGGAUUAUUGACCAACAAACCGGAUUCAUUUCGUUACCCGUGUAUAAGGACUUGAGUAGCAAGAAUUUGGAUCGUGGUGUGUAUUUGCUUUGUGAUGGAGUCAAGGUAUAUGUCUGGGUUGAUCCGGAAGCAAACAUCAUGCUUCUUAAAGAUUUGUUUGGCCAGAAUAUCGAAUCAGUUAAAGAGAUUGAUCCACUCAUGGAUGAACUUCCACACUUGAACACUGAGAUUUCCAACCAAGCCCGUACUUUGGUCAACUAUUUCCAAACACAUAUCGUUGGCUUGAAUAGCUUGGGAAGUGCCGGAAUUCAAAUUGUCCGUAGAACAAUCGAUGGGGCUGAGUUUGCAUUUAGAGAGUUAUUGAUGGAAGACGCACUCGGUGGUGCUAUUAAAGCUACUAGUGGGCCUAGUUUUGCUGAGUACUUGACUAAUUUACAUAAGGCAAUCAAAGUGCAAUUGGAGACAGAUAAGGCCGCACAGACGGUAAGACAGUCGAUAUCGAAUGUCGAGCAUAAGGAGGAUACCCUUGCGCAAAGGCUUCUUCAUUUUUGA